AUGGAUGAGAAAUCAAGCCCAGAAGAAACUGGUCAACUAGUCUACGAAGCUGUAAUGUAUGAGAACGAAGAACUCCUUCGAGAACUACUGGAGGCCAAUCCAGGGAAGAUAUAUUAUAGAGACAAACAUGGUAGAAGCGCUCUACACAUUGCUGCCCAAAAUGGCAGCACAUCCAUCGUGGACCUUCUGAUAAAAGCCGGAGCGGACGUAAACAGUAUGGCUGGUCCGAGUGCACUCUGUGCUACUCCUUUACAUGUUGCCGCAGUUGCGGGACAUUUGGAAGCUGUGCGACAUCUAAUUGAAGCUGGAGCAGAGCUUUUGGCUACUGAUCUUAGAGACCAUUGUGCAUUAGAACUAGCGCAGAUGGCAAAUCAGUUCGAAACUGCUUGUAUUCUUAUCGAUGCCAUUGAAUCAGUUCGCAACAGAACUCGUCAGCUGCAUGACGAUCUGGUCAAAUCUGCGGAAGAAGGAGACGUUAGGUCUGUUGUAGAAGCUUUGCCGAACCUUACCGGUGCCAACUACGAUGCUAUACUGAAUGGUGCGACUUUGGAUCGCAAAUGUGUUCUAUAUCUAGCCUGUUUGAAUGGAAGAAAAGAGGUUGUUGAGGCUUUAUUGAACGUCCGGGGUCACACACUUAUACAGCCAAGUACUCAUGAUACAAUAUUGCAUGCCGCUAUAUCAUCCCAAAAAGUAGCCAUAGUAGAAAUGAUUCUUAAGGCCUUCACACAUUUGGUGACUACAAAGAAUGCGGACGGUAGUACAGCACUGCAUUGGGCAUCGCAGUGUGGCAGUUUAGAUAUCGUUAGGCUGUUGCUGGAAUUUCCAUACGAAGAGGAUGUUCUUACAAAAAUUGAAGAUAUUUCCGGACGUUUCAGUUAUCGUUUUGUGUUGGACGUUAACGGAUUGGAUGCACAGUGUCGUACCGCUCUAUAUCUAGCCGUGGCUAAUUCGUAUUAUGAUGUUGUCAAGUAUUUACUUGAGGUAGAGUUCCCAUCGAUGAAUGUUGAUCAGAAAUGCCCAUUCGAAGUUGAUGUGUACUGCAGUGAUGGAAAAACUCCACUUAUGGUGGCUGCGGCAAACGGUGACAUAGCUUUAGUGAAACUGCUGUUGGAUCAUGGUGCAGAUGUAAAUCUACCUUGUGGACUCACAGAUGCAGACAUCAGCAGUGUAGAUGGUGCUCGAUGUAUUGGUUCUGGUGCUCUUAAUGAAGCAUGUCGAAUUGGUUGUGUCUCUUUAGUGCAGCUUUUGUUCCAAAGAGGAGCUGUUGAUCAUGAGAAUGUUGCUCUUGCUACGGCCUUCAAAUAUAAUCAGGAUUCAUUGGCGAGAUUAUUCCUGUUGCGUCUUGCAUUUGUGGAUCCAGAAUACCGUGUCAACAAGAAGAGUAUGGAUUUAGGACAAUUGUCACUAAACCGUAGCCAGCUUCCUUCAGCUGUGUAUCCCACAACACCAUGCAUGCUUAAUUGGCAUAAUGCAAGUUUGGAGCGUGUUCCAAACGAUUGGCUUAUUGCUGCAGCCCUCCAAGUGAAUCAAAGGUUAAGGACAUCACGAAUGGCAUUAGCAGCUCUUACACGAAUCGAUUUAUCGAAGAAUAAGAUAAAGGUGUUAAGCGGACAGCUACUACAGCUACCUUCAUUAAGAAGUCUAAAUGUAGCGAAUAACGAAAUCACAGAAAUUGAGAUUCCAAGUGAUGGGUUUCACGCGCCGCUUUUGGAAAGCCUGUUAUUGGAAUUUAACAUGCUCUCUGUUCUGCCAGACGAAUUGUUCACAAGCAGGCUGCCAGUGCUAAAUUUCUUGGAUGUAUCCCAUAACAAACUAUGUUCCCUUCCGGAGACUUUAUGGUUUGCACCAAGAUUGCGAGAAUUGAAUGUGUCCAACAAUGUUCUUUCCGUGUUGCCGGCUAUUGGCUCUUUGCAGUUUCGACCUUCUAGUAGUCUUUCCGAAAUCGAGCAGCCAGAAUCACUUUAUUCGGAUUUAUAUACUCAUCAAAGUACCUUAUCAACAGAUGACUCCUUGAGUAUUGGCGGACGCAAUGAUGACUCAAACAUUACUAUUCAUGAAUUGAAAAGGCACAAUAUAUGGCAGACGAGCGUACGAUUAGCUCGAUCGGAUGAAUCAGAUGCUGAGAAUGGACUUGUAUCUUGCUCUUCUAUGAUUUCUGUUUUUAAUGUAUCGCACAAUAAUGUCAAAGUAAUGCCGUCGUGCUUGGCGUGUUGUUGUCCGUAUUUAACCAGACUCAACAUAUCGCACAACCAGCUAACAUCUCUUGGUCCGGUGCAGUGUUUACCUUCUCGACUGAAACACUUGGAUGUUUCUAACAAUCAGCUUAUUACUGCUUUCGAGUGUCCAACUGCUGUGCAGCUGGUGUGUCAUGCGGUCAACGCGCCAUCAAAUGAAGUUUCACCGAUGAGGCAUGCGAGUCCUUUACGUAAUUCACGUAAGUUUAUGAUUUUGGGCGGCUUGAUGAAAUUUGUUAAUGCAUUUUUAUUGCGAACCAAACGUGGAAUUAGAUUUUGCAUACUUUUCGACUUCUAUUCUGACCGGUUCGAGUAUUCUCAAUUACUGAUCUAUUUUCUUGUUGUCAAGGCUGAACUCUUCCUAAAACUUACUUUCGGUGAUGUGGAUCACGCAGAUAUUCUUGCUUUAGGAUCUCGCUCAAAAUCAGCAGUCCGUAGUCAACGCUCGUUAAGCGUUGCUCCUAUUGGCGAUACAUUAUGUGAUACAUUCAUAGACGCUUGUUCUCAUAAGCAGCAUACUAGAUUAGAAUCGUUACGCACAUUUCUGGUGGCGAACAAUCGUCUUACGGAAAUUCCUCUUCUUGUUCCCACUUCAAAGUUCAUUUCAUCUCCAAAAAAGAAGCAGCGUGAGAGCCGACAGAAAUGUUCCGCGGCUAGAAGGCAAAUACUAUUUCCUGCUCUUACAACUCUUGAUGUGAGCAAUAAUUUUAUAUCAAAUGUUCCUGCAGCGCUGUCCAACUUGGUGUCAUUGUGUGUGUUAAACUUGAGUGAAAACAGUGGCAUUGAAAUGCUGCCUCCAGAGUUGGGUCUGCUUAGUAAACUUUGGAAUCUUAUUCUGAAAGGUUGUUCAUUGCGAGACCCACUAAAGAGCAUGGUACAUGUGGAGAGCUACAAAACUGUCGAUUUGAUUGCAUAUCUGAAAUCUGUUUUGGAAGAUUCUCGUCCGUAUACACGUCUUAAACUGAUGAUUGUUGGAGUGCAAGGAAUUGGAAAAACCUCACUUUUGCAACAAAUUCGUCUGGAGGGUACUGUGGGCAAAAAGAUACCACCAAACGAUAGCUGGUCAAAAAGAAUGGGACGCAGUACAGGUGGCGGCGGUGAUCGUACUGCAAAGGGUGUCAAUAUAUCCACAGUAGGUGUUGACAUUGCUGAAUGGACCUUUGAGCCAAAAAAGACGAAAGGUGAGCCUACUUUCGGUCCACUUACAUUUCGUACAUGGGAUUUUGGUGGACAAAGAGAAUACUAUGCAACCCAUCAGUAUUUUUUAUCUCGUCGCUCUUUGUAUGUAUUAGUGUGGAAGGUAACUGAUGGUGAAGCAGCAUUGCCAGAUCUUCGUCAGUGGCUCGUCAAUAUACAGGCUCGCGCACCGAAUUCCCCAGUAAUCAUUGUUGGUACUCACGUUGACCAAAUCUUUUCAAAUCCUGAACGUUUUCCAUCUUCUUAUCUGGACAAUUUAAACGCAAUCAUAAGAGAUCACUUUGUAAUGGUGCCAGACGCAGAUAAAAAAGGUCUGCCACGUGUCGUUGAGUCACUAUUUAUCUCUUCAAAAACGAAACAGAAUAUUCGUAUGCUUUGUAAUUUGCUUUAUCGAACAGCUUAUGAUAUUCGAACAGCGAACAGCAAAGAGCGACUCCUAGAUCAGAAGAUUCCAGCUUCUUAUCUGGCACUAGAAAAAAUAGUGAUCGAAUUGGCAGAUGAACGACGUUCGAUAGGAAUGGAACCAGUAAUAAGGAGCAGUGAUUUUCGCAAUAUUGUCCAAGAACGAAUGUUAAAAAAUUACGGCCGUGCUUUCCGUGAUGACAUCGAAUUUAAUCAUGCCUGCGCAUUUCUUCAUGAGAAUGGAGUAAUGCUGCAUUAUGAGGAUGUGACUCUCAGGGAGUUAUAUUUCUUGGAUCCUCAGUGGCUAUGCGACAUCCUUGCUCAUGUAAUAACAAUCCGGGAAAUAAAUCCAUUCGCCCGCAAUGGACUUAUGAAAAUGGAUGAUCUCCAAGUGUUAUUCAAGUCACUCAACUUGAACAAUUCUGCUAUUAACUUGAGGUCCCAUAUUAUAUCCUUACUGCAGAAGUUUGAGGUCGCACUAUGCUGGCAGUCGCGUUCAUUACUGAUCCCUUCUUUGUUACCAGAUGAAUAUCAGUUGAGAGGUGGUUAUCCAGGUUCAAAAGUUAUGGCUGAUACAUGCUCAUCUGGUGGAAAAGCACUAAUUCGAGGUAAACAGAAACAUUUUUCGUUUAUGAAUGAGAUAAAUUAUCAAGUGCCAACAAGGGCUACGUCGUGGCAGUUGGUGGUUGAGCAGCGAGAAACGAGAAAGAGUCUUACAACGAAAGCACCACAUCUCCAAGCAUUGUUUUCUCAACGAAAUUUGGGUGGUGCACGAUACCGAACAGCAGUGCCGCUGACCACUCUUUCGGAUGAUCGCAGUAAAUCUCCAGCAUCAAUUUCAAAUGAUCGCGAUGAAUCUGAUGGUGGUGCCGAAGCUCGUUUGAUUAGGGAAAGACAUGGAUGUAUUGUUAAUAUAGAGUAUCUGGAAGAGGAAGUGGUGCGUCGGAUCUAUAUGAUGGCAUACAUACCUUCCGGCUUUUGGUCUCGACUGAUGACGCGCAUACUUGUUGAUGAUCAUAUUACAAUGUGUGUGGAGCGUUUAUUGCGAGUUGAAUACUUGUCAGAAGACUCUUCUUUAGAGACACUGAAUGAAAUUUGUGACAAACAGUUUCUUCCAUAUUGGCUACUUUGGCAGACCGGUUUCGAAAUCUUGGCGUUUGAAAAAACAAUAUUUGUAAUGAGUCAAUUUUUGCCGCUUGCGGAGGUGCGAGAUGUUCAUUAUGAAAUAGUUGAUUGGUGUUGUUGUGCAGAGGAUAGUAACUGGCGUACGCUGGACAUGAGCGGUUCUUCACUAGUCGAAAUUAUCAUUCCAGCAGUCAGAAUAAAUUUAGUGAGCGAUGAAAAAGAAUACGUUCUUCGAAGUAACCGAGCUGCAGUGACUCGUCUCUUGGCACUUAUUGUGGACAUUAUGGAUACGUUAUUGGAAGACUGGUAUCCUUCAUUAGGAACACGCUUUGUACACACCUCAGAGGGAUGCCUCCUUGUAAAUCGUCUUGUUCCUUGUCUUAAAUGUGCAAGCAAUAUGCGAAAUCUGGACAGUUUUUUCAAAGUCAAGAAGAAUGAUGACGUAACAUGCGAAGUAUUACCAAGGCAAAAGUUGCAUGCAUUCACGGUAGAAGAAUGUAUCCUUAGCGCCCAUGACGGAGUCAAUUUGAGAUGUCCUGUGCACUCCGACAUCUCCGUUGUAGACAUUGCUCCUGACACUGUCUUUCUGGAUAUAAGUGAGGAUUAUCUGAUUCAACCUACCUCUGUGAAGCGUGGUAAAUUGCUUGGACAUGGUGCAUUCGGUUUUGUGUUUAAGGCCGCUCUCAAAAUUUCGGAUACAAAUGUGCAAGAUGCUGCGUUAAAAAUGUUGGAACCAGUGGAACCGGGUUUGGGGGCUCGAACAUCGUCUGUUUCAGCAUAUAAGGCAGCAUAUACGAAAUGGCAGCGAGAUCCACUACAAAAUGCUUGCCGUGCCUACUGUACCUGUCGGCAAGAGCUGAAUGUGCUAGCAUCACUUCAACAUUCUCACAUCACUGCACUGAUGGGAGUAUGCCCGCGACCUUUGGCUUUGUUGGUCGAAUUAGCUCCUCUUGGUGCCUUGAAUCAUUUACUCAAUAAUUACCGGCGAAGCGGGGCCCGGUUACGUCUUAGUGUCAUUCAGGAUACUGCUAGUCAGGUAGCUAAAGCACUGGAAUAUCUUCACGAGCACCGCAUCAUUUACCGCGACUUGAAAUGUGAAAAUGUGUUGACAUGGCGAUUUCCACCGCCGUUCAGUACUAUAACGGAUGUGCUCAUUAAACUAGGUGAUUAUGGCAUAUCACGCAGCUCGUUUCCUUCUGGUGGUGCAAAGGGGUUCGGUGGAACAGAAGGUUUCAUGGCUCCAGAGAUAAUGCGCUACAAUGGGGAACAAGAAUACACAGAAAAGGUAGACUGCUUCUCAUUUGCGAUGUUCUUGUACGAGCUGAUCAGUCUCAAGCUACCGUUCAAUGGCCAUGAACAAUUGAAGGAAUAUGUUCUGGAUGGAGGGCGACCGCGGCUUACUCCUUCUGAAUUGUUAUAUCCUUGCAACGUUCUCGAUGUGAUGGUUGUUUGUUGGGCAGCGCAGCCGGUGGAUCGUCCUUCGGCGUCCCAAAUUGUCUCUAUGACUACGGCUCCCGAAUUCACUCAUCUUCUGGAUGUGAUUUCCCUAAACGAUCCUGAUUCGGCGGUUAAUGCUAGUAUCUCUUUUCCUACUUUGGAUGACGUCGAAAUGGGUUCCACAAUAGAAGACAAUGUUGAAGGUGAAGUUUGGAUGAGUAGAUCAGACGGGUCUGUCACUGUUGUUAGUUGCAAUCAGUAUGGUUGGCUAGAUUCUAAGAGCAUCAUUAUGAAUACGGACAGAACAGUAAUAUUAGCUAUGUGUGUGGUCAACGAUAAUGUGUGGCUUGCAGAAUCGACUGGAAUACUGAGGAUUUACUGUCGUUCAUCGUACUCCGAAGUUUGGUCGUUCUCAAUAUCGCGUUUUCUUCCUGCUGCACAUCUAUCUAUUAGUGUUAUUUCUUUAUCGGUUUUUAUUACUGCUCCGCUAUUGAUACUAGUUACUCUUCCUUCUGCGUUAUUGCUUGUGAAGGGUGAUCGUGCUUCUGAUAAUCCUUUCGUUUCAUCCAUUGGUUUAUCAACCAUUCACUCAUCUGCUGUAAUCGACUGUGGCCAGAAUGUGAAGCAGAUAUGGACAGGACACGAUCAUUCCUCCAUAUCUAUUUAUGAUGUCAAUUUAGAGAAUCGAUUAGUACUCGCUGCAAACAUUUGUCAUAAUGAAAAUCAUAUAGAUGCUGCUGAGAAAAACUACGUAUCACAUAUGGUGACUACUGGAGUAGAUUCGACCCUGUUAUGGUCUGUCCUCUCGCAUGAAAGCAAAGUGUAUCAGUGGUCCACGGCAUCGCGAAAGGUGCGUAAUCGGCUCGACUCUCGAAAGAUCUUGCCUUCCUCCGAAUCAAUUUCAACUUUGGAUAUUGAGGCAUCUCGAGAUGGUUAUGUUUCUGCACUUGCGCUAUCAGAUAGGACGGAUGGUGCACAGCUGUAUAUAGGAACUAGCAGAGGAGCAGUAAUUGUUGCUCAAGCUUUCGAAAUGCGACCACUUGCUGCAUUCCGGCCAUAUGUGGAAGACGUACAUACCAUUAUUGUACUGGACGUAGCUUCAGCCCUAAAUGAAUACAUACGUACUCGUAAAGAUUUCGUCAAUAUGACAAGUCUGGAAAGACAAAGUUUUGGUGCUAACAGUACUAGUAGCGGAAAUGAUAUAGAAAAUGUUAGCUGGGCGAAGGAUCGAGUAUCGGAAACAGUAGAUCGUUUCAGACAGGGUACUACUGAACAUGCAUCUUCCUUAAAUAGUUAUAUAAUUACGAUUGGAAAUGGGUACAGAUGUCUGAUAGAUCGAUUUACGGACCGGAAACACCAAAGAUCAACUAUUCCUCGUCGAGAGUCACACUGCGCAAUCAUAUGGCGUACAGAUGAAUGGGUUCCAUAA